UUACAAAACGUACUUCAAAAAAGAAAAGAAAAAAAGAAAAAAGAAAAGAAAAGAAAAGAAAAGAAAGAGAGUUCACAAGAACAAGUAAAAAAAUGACCAAAGUCAUAGCAACACAACUGCAAUUGAAUUGAAGAUGAGAGAGAAUUGAAGUGUGAGAAAUGGAGGAACACGAAGAGCCAUCGUCUCCAGGAGUCAGUCCAGUACAACUCAAAGAAUGCAUAGAGGAGGUGCUCAACUUUACACUCGCGUCCUCAAUCGACGAAACCCUAGGAUUCGAUAUAGGCCUUUCAAACGAGUACUGUUCUAACCUCCUCAAGAACGACCCUGCAAACCCUAAUUGCAAUCACACCGAUUUUUCCGGAGGAGUUUCUCAAUAUCCUCUACGCAAGCCUCUAGCAUCAGCUUUGUACCAGUCUAUAUCUUCUGGAACUUUCUGCGGGACAUAUAAAGAAAUGGAAUUGAUCCAUGAAGACAGUUCCAUGAAGCAGAAAGAAGAAAAGUGGAAUCAAUUGGUUCUAGCAAAGGGGUCUGAAUUAGUAAACGUGUUGAAAACUAUAGACUUUGAACUUCAUGUUCAGGAGCCUUUCUUUUCCCAGCUCAAAGAUGGCCUAAAAACAACUGAAGGAAGAUGUGCUGUUGGUGACUAUAAUAAAAUUGGAUCAGGAGCACUGCUUCUCUUCAACAAGUGUUUCGUGCUUCAAGUUCAGGAUGUCAUCAGGUAUGCUUUGUUUUCUGAGAUGUUGGAAGCAGAGAGGCUAACAAAAGUCCUUACUGGAGUAAAAACCACAGAAGAAGAAUUGGAUCAGGAGCACUGCUUCUCUUCAGCAAGUGUUUCGUGCUUCAAGUUCAGGUAUGCUUGGUUUUCAGAGACGUUGGAAGCAGAGAGUCUAACAAAAGUCCUUCCUGGAGUAAAAACCACAGAAGAAGGUGUGUAGAUUUACCGGAAGUUUUACACAGAAAAGAAGGAAAGGUCAAAUGGAGUCCUUGCAAUUCGUGUUACGAUUCACGAAGCCAGCUGCUCAGCUUUACAUUCCUUUGGCUAGCAUACUUUUGGGAUUGAGUUAUGAGGGUGUUCAGAGGCUUUUGGGUCUCACUCGUACAGCAGGAACAAUUCCAGAGGCGCUUCCUCCGCCAAGAUCGACUCUGCUUUUGUCAUUUUUGUUGCCUCAUAAUCCAGAGGUAGCAUCUUGACUGAUGGAGCUAGGGCCUUAGCUAAGCACAUCAACAGGAGCAGUGAUGGAUACUGGGGUAGUUUCAAUGGAAGUGAUUCCGAUAAAAACAGACUUGCUGCUGAUGUCAUUAGUCGUUUAAUAGAUCAUUGUUGCUGGCAAAAUAUGCAUAUUGUUCCUCCACAUGGGGUGGUCUUUGAGAUAAGGAUUGUUGAUGGUUAUGGCGCUCGAUGGUCUGAAGAUAGAACAAAGGAUUUGCGGCUAGAGAAAAGCUAGAAUUUUAAAUAACCUCAGACUGAAUCUCAAUAUUGUGCAGUUAAAAUCAGAUCUUGACAACCCAAUCUCCAAAGAAUUUGCAGGAUAUUUGUGGUGAAAAAACUUCCUAUGGAUGUUGAAAAAAGUUUUGUCUCUCAGAUAACACCGGACAAGACACAGUUUUGAAAAGAUUCCCUGUAAAACAACAUUGGCUGCCAUCAGUUCAUUGGAUUUCUUGAACCGUACAUGAUGGAAGGCCACUCAAAAGGAUGGAUGCACUGACUUUACUCCAGGAGAAAGUUACUUUUGGCCCUCUCAACUGUAAAAGUGUGCCUUCAGUGGGAAUUGCUCUAUUCUCACAUAGUCAUAACUAGAAGACAUUAAGUAUAAGCACGAGUCUCAACUCAAUUUUUUCAGGCUGCAUGUAUGCUCCUUCCUUUUAAAACUGAAACCGAACAUUCAAUGUACUGGCAGGAAUCCAGGAUGUCUGUCCUUGACCAAUGUACACCAUCACGGUACUCAGUUCUGUAGUUGUGGUGUCGGAAAUAUGAACUAAUCUCUUGUGAUUUAUAUAUAUUAAUUUUUCUGCUUGAAUCA